AUGUCUACCGAAGACAAGCAAGAGGUUAGCCCUGCUACCAGCCAACUACACCUACCGCCCAAGGAUGAGGAACAAGAUCAGCACCUGGAUGGCUGGCAAGGCUGGUUGGUUGUUGCAGCAGCCUCGUGCUCAUUGUUUGUCUACAUGGGCGUCAUUUACUCAUGGGGCAUUAUUCAGGCCAACAUUGUCGAAAACUCGUCCAUAUCGCUUACAUCGCUCACGUUUGUUGGGUCCCUCGCUACAUCCUGCAUGUGUUCGCUGAGCAUCCCCGUUGGCAAACUCGUCAGAAGAUUCGGAUAUCGUAAAACUGGUAUUGCAGGUGCCAUAUUCCUCGGUCUGGGAGAGUUCUUGUCUAGUUGGGUGACCGACCACCUUCCCGCCCUCUUCAUCACACACGGCGUCCUAUUUGGUAUUGGCGGAGGCCUGACCAUCCUACCCUGCUCUACCGCUCCCUUGAAGUGGUUCAAGCAUCGCCGUGGUCUUGCAACGGGUGUCGUCUUUGGCGCGGCUAGUCUUGGAGCUGCCGUCAUUGGCGUUGUCACCCAUCAACUUGUUGCGCAGGUUGGCGUUCCAUGGACUUUUAGAAUCUUGGCCUUCCUCUUGUGGGCUAUUUGCUUACCUGCUGCUUGCAUGCUCAAACAGCCUCCCGGUGCCAAAGCUAGUAUACCAAAGCUACAGUGGUUCCGUUGGAAAGAAGCCAAGUUUCUUAUUCUCUUUAUCGGCUCAUCGCUUGGCUGCUUCCCCCUCUUUGUUCCAUCCUACUUUAUUCCCAUCUUUGCCAGGGCCCUUUCCACAUCCUCUAGCUUUUCGAUUAUCGCAUUAACGAUAUGGAACAUUGCGUCCACUAUUGGUCGCGUAGGCGCAGGCUAUGUUGCCGACUCCCGCCUCGGCGCUCUCAACACGUUCAUCAUCUCGCUCUUCCUCUGCGGUAUCAGCGCCUUGGCCAUCUGGCCCUUCGCAACAAACUUGGGUCUUUUAAUUUUCUUCUCCAUUGUCAACGGUAUUGGCUGCGGAUCAUUCUUUAGCCUCUUCACUACUGUCCUUGGCUCCGUCUUUGGGCCCGAAAACACCAUGGGCAUUUUACCCAUCAUGUGGGCUGGAUGGUUCUUUGGCUUCUUCUUUGGAACACCAAUUGCUGCCCAACUAUAUACCGCUGCAGGCACAAAUGUCAAUGUGACUGCAUACAGACCUGCUGCAUACUACGCUGGCGCCAUGUCCGUCGUUGGCAUCGCCUUCAUCUUGUUAUUAAAAAUGAAGCGCAACAAACAAGUCACUUCCCAGGCUUAG